UAGGUGUUGCUCUAGAUGGAGAACUAUCAUCCGAGGUACCAAGGGUCUAUGCUUGGUCCGUUACUUUUUCUCCUCUAUAUAAAUGAAUUACCUCAAUCUAUUACUUCUCAAGUUCGCUUAUUUGCAGAUGACACUGCCGUAUACCUAACAAUCAACAAUAUGCAUGACUGCCAUACUCUACAAGAAGAUCUAGAUAAACUAAUGAAAUGGGAACAUCUUUGGGACAUGGAGUUCAACCCAAGUACAUUUUCUUCACAUUAGCUAUCUGGUCAUUUGUGCUUGGAGUUGUAGCAGCAUAUUACAUUUUAAGUACUGACUUCCUCCUGCCCAGCUUGCUGCCAUAUUUCAGAUAUGAGAGACAGAGUAAAGUUGAUGCUACUGCUGAUGAUGAGCUCACGCUGAUGAAGACUCAGUGUUCAGUAUGUGGUCAGCGGAGAUGUCCACGGCACAGACAGGAACUCAAUAUACUGGCUUUCCAGCCCUGGACUGGAUUGGAGGUGCGAGAGACAGUAGACAAGGCAUUAGAUGAGUUUCUGACCAUUGUGCUCAAUGAAUUUGUCUACACCUGGUACAGGACUCUAAGUACAGAUGAGGAGUUUGUUGAUGAGCUGAGAACGUCCAUCCGCUUCCUGUUGUCGGUUCUCCUUAGACGGGCAAAGAAGGUUGAUGUCCCCAACAUGGUUAAAAGCAAACUUUUAAGGGCCAGUCUUCAGCAUCUGCAUGCCUUUUUGCAAGCCAGGAAACAAGGCAGGCCAGGUGAGGAUCUGCAGGAGGCCACACUUAGGCUGCUGGGUCCCAACCUUCACUACGCCAUGCAGAGCCGCAAGGGUGAGCUCGAGUACGUGAGGCGCAUGGUCGAGAAACUCUUCCCAUUUGUACUGAGACCGCAGGCUCUACAGUCCAGGGCAAUGUGUGCCUUGCUGCGAGAGAUCCUAGCAGCCUCGGUCAUCAUGCCUGCCAUGGAUGCAGUGGCCAAUCCAGACAUGGUGAACAAUAUAAUCCUGGUGUUUCUGGACCCGAACCCUGCGCCCCCUCCUCCGGAGGUGCCAUCGCCCUUGGUUCCGUUCCUGGCCAGCUUCAGCAACCAGAAGUUACCCUCCCUGGGGGAUCCAGACUUACCACCAAAAAUCAGCAAAUCUAGCCUGAGGUUUGUACUGGUGGAUGUGAUGGAUGUAGACUGCCCCAAGAUGCUCUACCCAUUCAUGCAGUUCCUCAAGGGAGAGGCAGCUGUCAAUGUGCUACAGUUUGCACUCUCAUGUGAGGACUUCAACAAGAAGAUACUGGAUCCUGAGUUAAGCCAGCAGGACUUGGUGCGCCUGCACUCGGACGUGUGUGACCUCUACAGGAACUACUUGGCUCCAAGCGCUCCUGACCGUAUCAGCUUUGAGGACUCCAUAGUCUCUGAAAUGCAAGAAAUUGUUACGGGAGACCCGGAAGAUGUGAUCAAGCUGCGUCGCUCUACACCAAUGUUUCGUGCGUAUGAACAUGUAUACAACCUCCUCAAUCACACCUUCCUACCGCUGUUCCAUCAGAGCGCGGAGUACUACACUAUGAUAUGUGGGGAGCGACUAGCCUCUCAGAUGAGUCGAUCUACGCCCAACCCUGUCAAAAAGGGGAAAACACUCUCGGUAUUGGGCUCAAAAAUCAGCAAAGUCUUCAAACCUUCAGACACGAGGUCCCUGAACUCCCUGGAUAUGCUGGGCAUUGAGAACACUGAAGAUGCAGACACGGUCACUGUGGUAUCGACGAGCUCCCUGGAUGAUGAAGUCUCUGUGUCAGACCUGGAUGCUGCCCUGGACCACGAUCUGAGUACAUGGAGAGUUACCAUCCCCCGCCUGGGAGCCCGGCCAGACCCGGAGAAUCCUAAGAAACAAUUCUUUGUGUUCAUUGUGGAAAUACGCCGUGUAGACAUCCCUAAUGUUCAAGCCAAGGAGGUCUGGUCAGUGGCAAGGAAGUACCAGGAGUUCUACAUCUUGGAGCAGAAACUGAAAGAGUUUCAUGGAGAGAUGGAGGACUGCAGUCUUCCGGAGAAGAAGAUGUUUGGCACCAACAAGUAUGAGUUUAUAGACGGCAAGCGGGAUGCGUUGGAGCAGUACAUACAGAAGCUUCUGACGCUGCCAUAUCUGAAAGGUAGUCAACUCCUGUACACCUUCCUCACUUCUGACAAGGCAUUCGACUUUGGACUUGACAUCAACAUUGGUCGGGCAUUAAACAAGAUUCCAGGGAAGUUGGUUAAGGAGAAAGGCAAGCAUUUAGAGUCGUUUCUGCAAAGCUUUGAAAAGAGUAUAGAGGCAAAGGCUCCUACCCCGGGGAAACGUGAAAGGAGAGACUCGGAAACUUCUCAAUUGUCCAACUCCAGUCUCAAGUUGUGUCAUUCAAUGUAUGAGAACAACGCUAAUGGCCUCGAUCUACGUGACAGCCCUCCAGGCAGUCUGCUGGCUGACCAGAAACAUGUCGAGGGCAUUUAUGACACUCUCAUCUAUAUUGCUAGGAACGUGUAUUGUGUGCCUGUCUGGCUGCACCAUGUACUGUACACUGCCCGCAUGUUCGUCAAGGAGACACUGGAAGGCUACCUUGACUGGUACAUCGACCACAAGGUUACCAUGGUGACCCAGGAACAUAGACUGGUCUCUCUUGUGCACUUGCUGAGAGAUGUGCUGUUUUAUGACACCAGUCCUCCAAGAAUGGACGAUGAGAAGACUGCCCGGUUUCAGGAAACACUAACCAGCUGUCUCAACUUCCUGCCAAAGGCAGCUGUCCUAGCUAUGGGGGAUGAACUUCAUCAGGCCGGAACACAGACUAUCCUGAACUGUCUGCAACAACCAAAGCUUAAUAAGCAGUUGAGCUACGCAUUCCUGGACAUAGUCAUUCUGGAGCUGUUCCCAGAAGUAUCCACAGAUACACCCACGUCUCCUUGAGGCUUGAACUGCAGCACACUCGAUAAUCAAGGGGCCUGCAGUCCUCGGAACCAGUAAACCAAGCUCUGGUUCUUCAACUGUGGUCUCGAUAUGCAAAAUUCACACGUCAGUCAAGAAUCCAUGUAUGCCCCUGACACAGCCAUACAAAAUACUAUGUUAACUUGUUAACCUUAUAUUUCAAUUUUACUGGUAACUAGAAAUAUGAAAGUGCUUGUUUGCAGUAACAGUUAUUCAUGUACAUGUAUAUCAUCAUUCCUGCAUGGACGAGCGACACAGUCUAUGAUUGAAGAAUGUCUAUCAGUAGUAAUAUAUCUGUGAUACUGUGCAUGCAUUUGCUGUUCAAUAAAUGUGCAAUACUUUGAAUUUGGCAAAACUUUGACUUCGUAGUUACUGCAGUUUCAGUCCAUUCUAUGUUUGAGUUGCAGAAAAAAGCUUUAUAUUGGUCUUGCAGAAAUUUAGUUAAGAAAUUAUUGCUUACUGCUCUUAAAACAGGAAGCGCAUAUAUUGUCACUUGUUUGUCAGUCUCUUCAAUUCUGAUGUUUACAGAGAUGUCUCCCCCCCCCCCAUAAUUUUAUGUCAUCCUUAUGUUGGACACAUAAUCCCCCACCAUAGGCGGAGGGAUAUUGUUUUGGCGUAAUCCGUCCGGCACUUUUGUUUCUGGAGCCAUAUCUUGGAAGUGCUUUGGCAGAUUUCAUUGAAACUUUGUAUGAGUAUAUAUAUAUGGAUAAGAUGAUGAUGCACGCCAAAUGGCAUUGUACACCAGCUGUUAAUAACAGAGUUAUGGCUCUUUGUAUCUUGAAAAAAAAUGGCACUUUUGUGUCCGCAGCCAUAUCUUGGAAGUGCUUUAGCGGAUUUCAUUGAAACUUGUAGUGAGUAUAUAUAUGGAUAAGAGGAUGAUGCACACUAAAUGGCAUUGUACACCAUCUGUUAAUAACAGAGUUAUGGCCAUUUGUAUCUUGAAAAAAUGCUUUUUAAUACAAGCUUAGAACUUUUAUCUCCAUUAACACAUGAGCCAGAGCCACGAAACUUGCCAUAGUUGUUCUCAAUCAUCUGGGGGUGCUUCACAUUCAACACCCAUAAUCCUAGGGGCUAAGGUCACACAUUGAGGUCAACGGUCACAAAUUUGAAGAAUGAUUAAUUAUUAUGCCCCCCUUCGAAGAAGAGGGGGUAUAUUGCUUUGCUCAUGUCGGUCCGUCCGUCCGUCCACCAGGUGGUUGUCAGACGAUAACUCAAGAACGCUUGGGCCUAGGAUCAUGAAACUUCAUAGGUACAUUGAUCAUGACUUGCAGAUGACCCCUAUUGAUUUUGAGGUCACUAGGUCAAGGUCACAGUGACCCGAAAUAGUAAAAUGGUUUCCGGAUGAUAACUCAAGAACGCCUACGCCUAGGAUCAUGAAACUUCAUGGGUAGAUUGAUCAUGACUGGCAGAUGACCCCUAUUGAUUUUGAGGUCACUAGGUCAAAGGUCAAGGUGACCCAAAAUAGUAAAAUGGUUUCCGGAUGAUAACUCAAGAAAGCAUACACCUAGGAUCAUGAAACUUCAUGGGUAGAUAGAUCAUGACUCGCAGAUGACCCCUAUAGAUUUUGAGGUCACUAGGUGAAAGGUCAAGGUCACGGUGACCCGAAAUAGUAAAAUGAUUUUCUGAUGAUAAUUCAAGAACGCAUAUGCCUAGGAUCAUGAAACUUUAUAGGUUGAUUGAUCAUGACUUGCAGAUGACCCCUAUUGAUUUUCAGGUCACUAGGUCAAAGUGACCCGAAAUAGUAAAAUGAUUUUCGGAUGAUAACUCAAGAACGCAUAUGCCUAGGAUCAUGAAACUUCAUAGGUAGAUUGAUCAUGACUCGCAGAUGACCCCUAUUGAUUUUGAGGACACAAGGUCAAGGUCACGGUGACCCGAAAUAGUAAAAUGAUUUUCGGAUGAUAACUCAAGAACGCUUUUGCCUAGGAUCAUGACACUUCAUAGGUACAUUGAUCGUGACUUGCAAAUGACCCCUAUUGAUUUUCAGGUCACUAGGUAAAGGUCACAGUGACAAAAGUCGUAUUCACACAAUGGCUGCCAGUACAACGGACAGCCCAUAUGGGGGGCAUGCAUGUUUUACAAACAGCCCUUGUUUAGUCAUUCCUUUACUAUGCAUCAAGGGAUUCUGUAAUAACUGUCCACAAUUGUUCUCUAUUGUCUAGCGAAAUGUCAAAUAUAAGAUCCAGGUUGCUAGGGUCAUGGUCAAAGUAACACACAAGGUCAAAAUCACACAUUUUGAUUAAAUAUGCCUUAUUUGGUAAGGAUUCUACCAUACUAAAAUGGAUUCUCAAAAGGUCCUGAUGUAAUUGUUCUCAAUUAUCUGGCAGUGGUCUGCAUUUUAUUGUCUGCAAACCAAUCACUGGAACAAAUGAGUUGAAAAAAAUUGACAUAAGGCACAACCCUUCACUUAUACCUUUUCUUUUAGUUUUUAGUUCUACACCCAUCCAUAGACUAAACUGAUUUGGCGGGGAUAUCAAUUCAACGAAUUUGCUUUUUUUUUUAUGCCCCCUUUCGAAGAAAAGGGGGUAUAUAGUUUUCAAGUUCGAAUAUGGGUCAUGCAGGGUCAAAAACUAGGUCACAGGGUCACUUAGUGCAUUUCAAGGAUUUAGCAUGGUGUCCGCUCUCUAAAUGAAGUAGUUUUCAUCUGAUCUUUACCAAACUUGGUCAUAAGUUGUAUCAAGACAAUAUCUAGGUCAAGUUUGAAUAUGGGUCAUGCCGGGUCAAAAACUAGGUCACGGGGUCACUUAGUGCAUUUCAAGGAUUUAGCAUGGUGUCCGCUGUCUAGUUUAUGUGGCUUUCUGAUUUAUUUUGAUAUUCUAAGACAUUUUUAUGCCCCCGAAGGAGGCCAUAUAGUGAUCGGACUGUCCGUCCGUCACACUUUGCGUUUAGAUUUCGAAAAAUGCUCAUAACUUCUAUGUCGCUUCAGAUAGAACUUUCAUAUUUGGCAUGCAUGUGUAUAUGGACAAGGCCUUUCCAUACGCACACAAAUUUUGACCCCUGUGACCUUGACUAAGCUUAGGGUCCGCGUUUAGGUUUCGAAAAAAAGCUCAACUUCUACCAAGCGUUUAUAGGGGGCAUAAGUCAUCCUAUGGUGACAGCUCUUGUUUAAAGAUAAUUUCAGGAACUACACGUAGAAAUGAGCUGUGCUCUGUGAAAAGGGGGUUUAAUGCCUGUGCAGUCAGCACAGGCUAAUCAGGGACGACACUUUACACACAUGCAUUAAACCCCUUCUCACAGAGCAUGGCUCAAUUAAAUUUAUAACUGUGUAUGCAGCAUCACAAGAAGGGAUCACAUAGGGCAUAUAGUCAGUAUAACUGUGUAUGCAGCAUCACAAGAAGGUAGACAUAGGGCAUAUAGUCAGUUUGCAAAUGCAGCUCACAUUCCAAAGUUUUUAUGCAUACAAACAACCAUGGACAAUAUAUGUUAUUUUUUAAUCAUACACCGUCAUAUUAACUGAACAUUUCUUUAUCUGAUUUCAAAGUAGCAAAAAAUGUACAGUAAGAUGCCCUAAACUAAAUUGCAUAAACAUUCCAAUUUAAGUGGAAUACUGAAAUAUCAGCAACUGUGUGAUGCACUAUGCACGUCAGACAUAAAUUCCUUUCGUUUUCUAGAUUAUAUUGAUAUGCGCUGCAUAUCAGGACAAUGACAAUGAACUUAAAAACCAAACACUAACUUUUAACAUGAUCUUUUAACUGUUACCUUUUAAUCUGUUGUUCAUCUGUAUUAUUCCUUUUUAUUCACCUGAGCAUCUACACAGGGCAUAUGACAGCCAAAACAUAUUAUAUAUGCAUUACGGUCCGUAUUAUUCACGACCGUUUUACACAUAAACAAUAUUCUGGUUGUACGCCUGUGGAUUAUUUUUAUUUCGUUUCCGAAUAACUUAUCCGAAUGUGAGUGCUGUCACCUGCCUCGUGAUUUUCACUGUUGUUGUAUUUGUAUUUUAAUCUCAUCUUUAGCACUAUGUAAAACAUUAUUAUGUAUAUUACAUUACUGCUGAGUAAUAAUGACCACAGUUACAUAUUAACAGUUAUUUUACGAUAAAACUUAACUUGUCCAUGAGACACCGGUUCAUUGUCAGCCAUUUGUCGCAGUGCUUUAUGGUCUGAUGAGUCAUCUCUUUUAAAAUAGCUUUCUUCACGAUGUCUUAUUUUAGAUCAACGGUAAGGUUUACAUGUUCUAGUAUUUGACCCUUUUGUAUUCGUCGUUUAAAGAGACAUAUCGACUCUGAUUAUUUUCAAUUCUUGAAGCCAUUUUCUCAAGUGCUAGACGUUGCUUAGUGAGCGUUCUAAUUCCGACCAGUUGGUCGCCCCGAUUUGGCCAUUUUUGGGGCGCCCAUGGCCAACUGGCCCGCUCAAUGACCAGUUAUGGCCUUAAAUGACCUUGUUUGGCCACAUUUGCCCUUACGCUAGUAUAAAAGGACGACCAAUUUUUGGUCAUCAGCUCAAUCUUUUUUGUAUUAACUCAUUCUUGUUCUUUCAUUUAUAUUUUUGCAUAUCAACCAUCAUUGUUUACUUUUUCUUAAAAGUACAAAGUCAGCCGUGGGAAAAUCUAUUUUAAAACGGAUUGACCUACUGGCAAUCCUUAAUAAGAAAUUUCGGCCAAUCAGCGCCAUCGUUAUAUAAACGCAUCAACCAAUUAAAACGCCGCUUUUUAACCGCGAUAGGCCUAUUCACUGUAUAGCACUGCGUCUUUUUAACGCUUCAUAUAAAGGUUAUAUAUUUUUAAACCAAUAGAUUUUUAUUAAGGCACCGCACCAACACUGCAAAGUUUUAUAUUUAUACCAAUGGUACAGCCCAGUAAAAUCGGGCUGUCCAUUUUAUGGCCGUUUUCGGCUUUUUAUGCAGAGUUCUAUGUUAAGCAGUGUGCUCGGGCAAUGGUUUUUAACCGAAGUCCCGAGGGUAAAUAACCCCAAUAGUCAGUCGGUCAUCAGCUCAGUUCCAUCACGAAAACUUAGAGGCAGGUCCUUUAAUAAAAUUAACAGCAAAAGCUUAUAUUCACUUAUAUUUAUUUGAAAGAGCUCAUUUAACAUCAUACUUAAAGUACUUACCUGUGGCAUUUCAUUACGACAUUUGAAAGCAUUUAUUGUCAUUUGAUGUACUUAAAAUUGUUGCCAUUAUCAAUUGUGAAAGACUCAAACAUUAAACAAGUAAACUUGUAACACUUCAAAUAACAAACUGUAGGAAAUCUUAUGCUCAGGUGAAAAUACACCAACUGCCUUUAUAAGACUAUAAUACAUACAUUUACUAAUGUAAUGAUUUUUGAGUUGCAUACAGCAAUGAUUAUUUUGUUCAACGUGCGACAAUAAAAGUUAAUAACUUUU